GUCAAAAUGUCGCUGAAAACGCCAACGCGGUUACAGUGAUCAUUGCCGCUCGCCUAACUCGGGGCACGUCGUCUCUCUUCGGGUCCUCGAGUUUCGUUCUCUUUCUCUCUCUCCCUCCCUCCCUCUCUCUCUAUUUCUCUCUCUCUCUCUCUCUCCUAUCUCGCCUCCUGUUAACGACCAACUACGAUCGUAGCGGAGAAAGAGAAGACCGCGAGUGCAUCGAUUACUCGCGCGCACGCACAGUUGCCCGGACGCGGUGAUUUCGUUAAGAAAUCAACCGGGAGGUUGGGAAAAACGAAACGGCCAAGCGCUCGUGGCAAGCAGCGCACUAUCGCUUCCUCGAGAUAUCGCGACGACUCUUCGAGCGCAACUCUUCUUGCGAAAAAUUCGCGGAGGCGAAACGGCCGCGGCGUCUCGUUAGGAUGAAUCUCGUGACAAAGUGCAAUCGCCUCGCUCACGCAAGAAUCGUUCUAACAGCUACUUGAGUUUGAGAUUUUGAGUAAAGACGUUUAUUGAAAGGCAAGAAAAUGGUGUCAACGCGUCAAUCAAGUAACAUGGGCAGCAGUGGCGGUAGUGGAUCAGCCGAGGUUGUGGAAGUAAGUACAUUGAAGAAGCACCAACCGGUGACGACAGUUGACACGUCCAACAGCGGGUCCAUCGAGUCGUGCAACCUGAACCUUUUGGAUUUGCCCGUGGAGGUUCUCGAGAAAAUUUUCGGCUACUUGGGCUUCAAUACAGUAGCUCACAUGCGUUUGGUUUGUCAUCAGUUGGACCGCAUUUGCGGGUCAAUAUUGAAUUCCACAUUCCAAAAGCUGCAGACACAAAUGUUGAGUCGCUUCCAAGCGAUUAAAGCACAAAUGCCUAGGCGCGAGUCCGCACGUCGAAAUCAUCCGUUAGCGUGCGAGUCGGACAUCAUAGAGACCCUGCACAUGCGACUCACUCUGCUGCAAAUGAGCUUCGGCAAGCACAUUGAACGGAAGCAUUGUUGCUUCUUCCCUGGCGAGAUCUUGGACGAGGUCUAUCGCAUUCUCCACUAUAUAAAAGUUACUCCGAAAUUGCAAAAACCUUACAAAGUGACGGAUGAGCUGUUCGAUCUGAGCACUAUGGCCAUGGAAUACUUCAAGGAACACAUCGAGCCGACAUUACCAGAAAUCCCUUACUUCGGUGCCGACUUUCUCGACCUUGCCGGCACGUUUUCCUCUUCUAGUAGCGUGAGUAAAACGUUCAUGUGUCUGGAUUCCACCCCGCUGAGCGUCGGAAGCGGGAAAACCGGCAGCGCCAGCGGGGAGGAGGGUUCUCCGUCGCAUUGCUCGGACGACCCGGCCCUGUUGGAGUCCAGUGUAUCGCCGCCACAAUCGAACAUGGUUCUGCGGAAGCGAAUUCGCAAGAUCAAGCAGGGCAUGAGGCGAUACAACAGUCAGCUGACGCUGAUGCGCAGGGAUUUGAGGAGUUGCAAGGCGAAAAUCGCAGAGCAACAGAAACAGAUCGUCGAGUACGCCAAUCGAAUGGACGACACCGACAAGAAGAACGACGAGAUGUCGCGGAAAUUUAGCACGCUCCUACAGGAAUUGAACAAGUGUAAAACCGAGCUACAAUAUUGGCGGUCCAAGUCACCGGCGAUGCCAGUAUGCGUAGGCUGUGGCCAGUCAAUGCCAGUUCCUACGGAAGAUUUACAAGCUUUAGCCAAUCAGGGAGUGCUGCCGGACGCAUUUGGUGAAGGGCAUGACUUUAUUCCUAUCGCGGAUGCCCACAGUCCUACUGAGGUGGUACCGCAACCCGUAGUCAUGCAGUCUCCGUCGGCGCCGACGGUAGAGAUGGCACCCCCAAAGGCUCCCGUGCCUUCGAUAUCCUUUAAACGGAAAUCUACCAUAGAGGAAACGUCAAGCGAUGCCGCGAAAAAAUCACGUCGCACUGCCAAGUCUCGUCAGGCUAAGCGCGCAAAGGUAUAAAUCGAUAACACUGAUCAUGGUACAAAUAUCUAUCUGUUCAACCAGUCUCUAAUAGGUUUCCGAAAAUGGGACUUUCUACGAUGGUUUACGCGCGUUUCUUUAUGUCAGCAAGAGCCGAUGAUCUUAGAAAAAAAAAAGUACAAAAUUCCUCACUGAACGUCCUGCAUCUCGCGCAACGAACCUCGUUUUUGGAAAUUCUAAUCACGUUGAAUUGCCGCAGCAGUUGCGAAAAAAAGAAAUCGCCAAUUGACUUCUCCAUUAUUUCACGGACGGAAUUGUGCCGUAAACGUAACGGCGUGAAUCGAUGAAUAUUCUAAAGAAACCUAGUCGAUCAUUAGCUUUGCUCGUAAAGCAACGUCUAACUAUACUUUCUCGAAUUCUUGUUAGAACUCUUUGUCUAUGCAACUAUUCUCAUUGUCGCGACGCAUCUGGGAUGCUAGAAAGUUGAGAUCGCGUUUUUUGUCAGUCCGUCAUGCAUUUAGCUGCGAUACCAUGAUGAUGAAAACACAAUAAACGUCACGUUAUCGCGGUGACGACGGACUCGCCUUCCAUUUUGCUCUCCGAUCAAAAAGUGCGUAGUGAUUUUCGUCUCGUUUCCAGAGUGGUACGUCUUUUUUAGGACAUAGAUCAAAUAUCGCAUCUUCAACAUUUUUGAUCGAAUAGGACAAUACGGGAAUAGAAAGCGUCUAAAUAUCGGAAAGCUGGCUUCCCAAAAAGAAGAGAAAAGGAAAAGAAAAUUAUAAAUUAUUGCAAUUGUAAAGAAACGAAGAAAUAAUUAUUGGGAAAUUUUUUUUGGAACUCUCGAAUUGUUCUCUCUAGCGUAAAGACAUAGCUUGUGGUAACUCACGUGCAAAGUUGAGAUUGAGCCUUCAACAAGUCUUAUUUCGCGGUAUUGAUUAAAAAAGAAAAAGUACCUGAGAGAACUACACAAGACUGGUUCGCGCAGGUACUGCAAGUGCACCAA